AUGGUACACAUCAAUACUGUAAGUCAAUCUUGUUUUUAUUUGAAAACCAAUGAGAACUAUUCAAAGGUGGUGCCAAAUUCAGCAUGCCCUCGACCUCAGAGCUCUCCCAAUUUAGGGCUUUAUGUCUACUUGAUUGCAUUUUGCGCUGUGAUAGGUUGGUCAUUAUUAUUUUCUGUAGACUCUUAGAGCAGCCAUUUUUGAAAACUUUGAAAACAUGACCAUUUUCAGGCGGAUUUCUUUUUGGAUACGAUACAGGGAUAGUUUCUUCGGCAAUGCUAUAUGUCCCGAAAAAUGAAGCGAUGAAGCCUAUGGGAAAAGUAUGGCAAGAGGUCAUUGUCAGUGUCACCCCAGGUAUCACAUUAGUUUUUUCCGUUUCCUCCUGUGUUUGUGAUGUCCAUGAACCGGUUCAAAUGUUGUUCAACGUCGAUAACGUGAUUUACAGGGUUCGCCGCACUAGGCUCUCUGCUUUCUGGUCCAGCGGCAGAUAAAUGGGGUCGAAAAAAGGUUUUUUUUAACGAUACAUGCAGGAAAAGAAGAUAAUUUCAGGUGAUACUUGUAUCGUCUUUUGUUUUCACUAUAGGCGGUUUGGUUUGCGGUAUCGCAAUUGAAAAAUAUAUGCUUCUCGUUGGCAGAAUCUUGCUUGGAAUUGCAAUAGGUUUGAGUUUUGUGAAAAAUUGCAGUAAAAUCAACACAAAAAACACCAGGAACUAAAACUUUGCAAAAAUAUGUUCUCGUUAUCAAGUUUAUGUGAAAACAAUAAACUUCAGGUAUUUCAUCGAUGGUCGUUCCGAUGUACAUAGGCGAGUCGUCACCGGCGCACAUUCGCGGUAUUUUUCUCAUUUUGGAGAAAAAUUCAACGUCUCGUUUCAGGCCAACUGAUCACCGGGUUUCAAUUGAUGAUCACCUUUGGAUUGUUGGCCGCAAAUGUCAUGGCGGGAGGUUUCAGCUACGUUGAUCCUCAAAACGUCGGAUGGAGGUGAUAAAUAACACAAUUUGAGAAUGAAAAUUCCAUGACUAUUGAGAAAAAUUUCCGUUUUUUCUCUCAUCACUGUAAGUUUCAAAUUGGAAAAAAAAGUCAAUGUUUGCGUCUGUUCAGACGAAAUUCGUGCUAAAUCGAAAGAUCAAGAGCAAACAGGAUGUGAGACAGUUCAUAAAUCAGCUUUUUAGGCUUAUGUUUGGCUUCGCAGCAAUUCCUAGCGCCAUUCAGUUCGUGAUAUUUUUCUUUCUACCGGAAAGCCCUCGAUGGCUUUACAAGGCUGGAGAAAAACCCGAGGCUAAAAAGGUUUUACAUUCCAGUCAAAAAUAAAACUAAAUUUUUAAAUAAAGUGAGCGAAAUUUCACAAAAUUCUGAAAUUUGUGUUAUCGUAUCGAGAAAGAUUCUGAAAAAUGUCAAAAUGGUUUCUAUCAAACUGUUUUUGAGGUCCUGGAUAGAAUUUAUUCUCACAACGCAGCCUGGAUAAACUACGAAAUGACUGAAAUUUCCCUGUUAUGCGAUGAAGAGAAACGGGAGAUGGAACAACUAGGUUAGAUGAAUCAUUUUUCGGCAUUCGCUGAACUACCGGACCUUUCAGGCAAGUCUUACGUGAUAAGCCGAGUCUUGACAACGGCGCACGUCAGAAAAGCUUUGAUUAUCGGAUGUCUUCUUCAAGCCUUUCAACAACUUUCUGGAAUCAAUACUAUUAUGUAGUAUCAUCAAUCAAAAGGUUUUGAGUAUGAAGAGCAACUAUUCAGGUACUACACGGGGAAAAUUAUUCAAUCUUCUGGAGUUGGAGACGAACACGUGAUCGUUUGGAUUUCUGUUGGCAUUUCUUGUAAGAAGCCUUCUAGAAUAGUAAUAUAUUGGCUUCUUUACAGCCGUCAACUUUGUUUGCACCUUCAUCCCUAUGUAUUUGGUAGAACGAGUAGGACGACGAGUUCUUCUUCUCGUAUCUGUUCUUGGCGUUGCAAUCACUCUUCUGCUUAUGGGUGGAGCUUUUUACGCUAUCAAUAGGUAAUUACAUCUAAGUCAUGUGUCAUAGCUCAUUUCUUAUUGCUCGAAUAUUUCAUGUUCGAUAUCACUUACUUUUACCAGAGAUUCCGCGGAGACACUUUCAUCGACGUUGGUGGUCAACAACAGUCCAAACCGAUGCUCAACUUUCAGGUUUUCGACAUAAAAAAAAGAUACCAUUUUUAUUGAAAAAUGCAGCAAUUGUGAUUAUUGUGUAACUGACGAACGUUGUGGCUUCUGUCAGCCACUUGGAUCACAAAAAGGUGAGCGAAAAAUUCGAACAAUGAAUGAAUUGAUGUUCAGGCUAUUGUCUGCCCACAUCUGGAAGCUCAGCAAUUUCUUCAAUCGGACCUUGUUCUAACCUAACGAUCGAGAUAACCCCGAAAUUUCAAUGGUCAGAAGAUUACUGCGUCUCUCGAUUCACCAUUGCUCCGAUCAUCCUCAUGCUAGUCUACCUGUCUUUCUUCUCCUCAGGUUCUACUUCUAAUAAUUUCAUAAAACCUAGAAAUAUUGAGGAUACGCUCCUUUGCCAUGGGUCAUGAACGCCGAAUUUUACCCCUUGUGGGCAAGGAGCACGUGUAUCAGCAUGGCUACUGCUGUUAAUUGGAUAUUCAAUCUCAUCAUUUCUUUGACAUUUUUAUCCCUGAGUGAAGCUGUAUCGAAACACGGUAUAUAUGGGCUAGUGGAAAAUGUAACCGUAAAGCUUCAGGGACUUUUUUGAUUUACGCUGGCAUAACUUUUGUCGCAAUGCUUUUCGUUGUGUUUUUCGUUCCCGAAACAAGAAAUUACACGAUAGAAGAGGUAUUUAUGUAAAAAAGAAGCGAUUGAAAAAUCGUUAAUUUGCAGGUUGAGACAUUAUUCAUGACAGAUAGAAAACGGAAAGACAACGAGGAUCACAAGCACAGUUCCAGCAAACCGAAAAACAGCGACAUUUCUCAGGAAAUGCACUACUGA